CCGCUGAGAUGCCAGCAGCCGGUUUGUCCAGGGUAAGUUUUCUUUGACUGCUCACUGCCUGGCGUCACAAGUCGCUUUGGGGGAAAAAACAAAACAACAAACAAACAAUAACAACAACAACCGCGAUUAGACUGACGUCCUGUUUCCUUCGAUGAGUGGGCGGAGUCCUUUCCAGACAGCGUUCCUUCAUUCAACCAGGCCUGCCACGGCCAUCUCUCCUUGGCUUUGCUUUCUUUUUUCGCUUUAACAGAACUGAAAAGCUUGUUACCAUCAUCACUGAGACAAAAGAAAGAGAAGUUACCAAGCGCAGCGGACCUCCGGAUGCUCCGGGCGACCCGGGAUGGGCUCCGGGGUCGGGGACGGCGCCCCACGCGCUGCCUGCCGCUCGGGCGAGAGAGCUAGUGCGGAGCAGAGCGUGCUGGGGCGGAGGUGCGUGACUGCGUGCGUGCCCACGAGUGUGUGCGGGGUGCGCAGGGGAGGGUGUCCUGGAGGGCUGCCGCAGAGGUUCCUUUGUGGAAAAUGCUCGCGUGCUCAGAAUCCAGUGUGGCGCCUCCCCGCGCUCGUUCCACCAGGACGCCCGCUGGUCUUCGCCAUCAGGCCAUCUCAUCUUCUCGGCUGCCCGCGCCGGUCUUUAGGUGCGGGGCGGCGGCUUUGAAGUCCUGGGAGCCGGGAGCUGGCGCAGGUCUGGAAGCUAACAUGCAGCUCAGUUGUCUUCUCUUCUGGAAGCCGACUCGUGGGCCAAGAAGUAUGACACAAGUUUGAUGUUUGUGUCUGCUUCUCUAAGGUCAAGGAAUUAUCUCCUUAGAAGGCAACAGUACUAUGCAUGUUAUGAAUUGUGUCUCCCUGUCCAGUGAUAAAGAAAAUGGGACUCUUGCCACAGCAGUUGGAUUCAUGACUGGGCAGACGUCACCCCCAGCAUCUCCUCCACCUCCUCCUCCACCCCCUCCUCUUCCACCAUGCCCACAUUCAGGGGAGGGCUUUUCCCCCUCCCCACCUCCUGCUCUGCCACCUCCGCUUCCUGGGGGACCUCCAGUCCCCCCUCCUCCCCCAGGACUACCCCCGGUUUCUCAAAUGAAUGGCUGUAGCUCCCUGGGUAAGAAGAAACGGAUGCGAAGCUUUUUCUGGAAAACUAUUCCAGAGGAGCAAGUUCGUGGCAAGACCAACAUCUGGACCUUAGCGGCCAAGCAGCAUCACUACCAGAUCGACACAAAGACCAUCGAAGAGCUCUUUGGGCAGCAAGAAGACACAACCAAGGCUUCUCUCCCCAGAAGAGGAGGAGCUUUAAAUUCAUCCUUCAGGGAGGUCCGGGAAGAGAUUACCAUCUUGGAUGCAAAACGAAAUAUGAACAUUGGAAUAUUUCUUAAGCAAUUUAAAAAGUCUCCUCGGUCCGUUGUAGAAGAUAUUCAUCAAGGAAGGAGCGAACAUUAUGGAGCAGAGACACUUCGAGAAAUUCUUAAGCUUUUGCCUGAAUCAGAAGAGGUAAAGAAGUUAAAAACGUUUAGUGGUGAUGUGUCCAAACUCUCCCUGGCAGAUUCCUUUCUGCACUGCUUAAUUCAGGUGCCAAACUAUUCACUUCGGAUUGAAGCCAUGGUGCUAAAGAAGGAAUUUUUACCUUCAUGCUCUUCUCUAUACACAGACAUAACGAUUUUAAGAACUGCUGCAAAAGAGCUGAUGGCAUGUGAGGAGCUACAUUCAAUAUUACACUUGGUGCUCCAGGCUGGGAACAUCAUGAAUGCAGGAGGGUAUGCUGGGAAUGCAGUAGGAUUUAAACUGUCUUCUUUGCUCAAAUUGGCAGACACAAAAGCAAACAAACCUGGGAUGAACCUUCUGCAUUUUGUAGCCCAGGAAGCCCAGAAACAAGAUGCCAUCCUCCUGAACUUUUCUGAAAAGUUGCAUCACGUGCAGGAGACAGCGAGAUUAUCUCUGGAUAACACAGAGGCAGAGUUGCACUCACUGUUUGUCAGGACAAAAUCACUGCAGGAAAACAUCCAGCGGGACCAGGAGCUGUGUCAGCAGAUGGAAGAUUUCCUUCAGUUUGCUGUGGAAAAGCUGGCGGAGCUGAAGCUCUGGAAACAGGAGCUGCAGGGCGAGGCCCACACCCUUAUAGAUUUUUUCUGUGAAGACAAAGAAACCAUGAAACUGGAUGAAUGCUUUCAGAUAUUUAGAGACUUCUGUACCAGAUUCAACAAAGCAGUUAAGGACAACCAUGACCGGGAGGUACAUGAGCUGAGGCAACUGCAGCGGCUGAAGGAGCUGGAGGAGAAGCGGCGUUCCUGGGCGGCUGGGGAGCUGGGGGGCUUUGGCAGGAGCAGCAGUGAGAAUGACGUAGAGCUGCUGGCCAAGAAGGGCACAGAAGACCUGCCCUCUUUCCUGCACCCCAGGCCCACCAGUCCCUCCUACCGGCCUCCCAACACCCGUCGCUCCCGCCUCUCCCUGGGCAUCUCUGCUGACCGGGAGCUACUGACCUUCUUGGAGAGUACCACCAGCAGUCCUGAGGAUACCAACAAGUUCAACAGCUUGCCUCGGAGCAGCCCCCGGCAGCCCCGGCCCACCAUUGCCUGGAUGGAGCCUGGAGAACAAAGGGAUCAUGACCACAACUUUGCACAUGAACCACAGGCUUCAAAGAAUGGGGAGAAAGCCCCUCACCCUGCUUGGCAGAGCCAGCUUCCAAAACCCACCCUGGAGGAACCCGCUUCCAUCUUGCCUCGGACUGGUCGGGGAGCAAUGAGCAUCCUCCGAAAGAGGAACAGUGAACCUGUGGGCUUGGGUCCCAUGCCCAAUGUGCCACUCUCACCAUUGACUCUGGGCAUUAGGGAACAUGAAUUGGUGACAGGGCUGGCCCAGUUUGACCUUCAGAGUCCAAAGGGCAUGGAGGAGGCAUCCCAGCAGACCCUGAAUGACUUCUGCCCCACAGAGCUGCAGUCUCCAGGGGAUAAGGGCCCCUUAUCCUUUGGUACUGGCAGUGACAGCCUAACACCUGUGAGCACAAGUCCUCAGGAGGGUCUCAGCCCUGCAGGGGAGGGAGACGGGGCUGCUCCUGAUGAUCCCAGCAGCAGGGCUCUACUGUCUUUGGGUGUCACUGACAUUGAAAACAAGGAUGCUGGGCCUCUGUUUUAUGUCUCAGAUACCACUGACUGCUCACUGACUCUGGACUGCUCAGAAGGAACUGACUCCAGACCUGGAAGGGAAGAGCGAGAGAUAGAGAGGGAAGGGGAUGAAUCAAUGUCCUCUGGGACUGGAGAGGCAGGUGGCAGCCAGGUCUCCUCCAACCCUGCUUCCAGCCCCCCUGGGGAGAUGCCUGCUCCCCCAUUAGGGAAGAGUGAAUUCAGCUGCCAGGGUGGCCUUCCUAGGGACAGAGCCAGCAGAGGGAAGGACGCUGUGGCACCGAAAAGAAACUCCCUCAAAGAGGCGUCUCUGGGGGCCUCAAAGCCCAUCAGUGUCCGGCGCAGCCACGGGGCAGCACCCAAACCAGUGCGGACCUUGACCUCGUCAGAGAAUCAGCACAUGCGCAAGGUGGUACCCAUCUCUAAGUCCAGUAGGGGGGCAGGAGGCUGGAAGAGGCCAGAGCCACCAUCCAGGGGUUUCCCUCGGGAGACCCCGGGCAGUACAGACACACCCCUGUCACGAAGGAGCUCGGUGCGGGGGACCUUGGACACAUCACCCAAGAGGCCCCAUGUGGGUGGACCUGUGACUGAGGAACCCAGGCUGCCCCGCGGGAGUGGAAGUGUCAGUGGGCGGUCGGGGAAGGAGCCUCCACUGCAGCUUAGGCCUUCGCUCAGGAAACCCAGCGCCAAGCCUCUCAGAAACAUCCCCAAACAGAAGCCCGAGGAAAACAAGGUCUGCCCCUCCACUUCCCAGGACUCCGAGAGCCCGGAGGAAGAGCCUAAAGCCCUGCGGGCCCCCAGCACCCCUCGAGUUCCACUCCCUAUCCCAAGCUUUGCCCGAAACACAGUGGCCUCCUCAUCUCGGUGCAUGCGAACAGAUGCUCUGCCUGUGGCCAGAACCCCUGGCAUCACCAGGACAGUCUCCCAGAAGCACCUCAGGGUCAAGGGUAGCCCUGAGGAUGCUACCUCCAAGGACAGUGGCACCCUGAAGCGGGCCAGCAGCGCCCGAGCCCCCAAGAAGUGUCCCGAUUCUGCUGAGGGUUCCAUUGCCAACAUGGAGGCCCCGCUGAAGGGCAGAGGGGCUACGGAAAGGGCCUCCUUCAAAUUGAAGGAUUCAGGACAGGGCACGCUUGGGAGGAUCCUCCACCCCCUUCGGAAAUAAUCGGGCCUAUCUGUGUCACUGCAUUCAUGGAUUCUGAUGGCCCCACUGACUGCUGGGGUGAGGACAUGAGGCCAAUCCUUAAUGUCUUGUUACACACCAAGCAACCCACUGGUACCACCUGCUAACGGUCAAGUCACUAAAGGUACAAUCUGGAGGUCUGUGGUCUGCAGCCUGCUAUGCAAACUUCUGCUGCAAAAUUGGGUUUGAGAGCACUAACCAUUGUGCCCAGCCCCAGCACCUCUACCCUCACACUCAGGACCCUAACCCUAACUCCUGCCCCUGAGACAAAUGUCCCAUGAUAGACUGGACAUUUAAGAUGACGUUCUUAUGUAACAAGUGAAAAAAAAAUUUCUGGCCAGUUUUUAUAUAUCAAAGACUUAUUUUUUAAUACUGUAAAAAUAAAAUGAUGUUUUA